CUAAAAUUACGACAACGCUCUUUAUAACACCCGACAUUCCGAUUUAAGCCGAAAAAAAUAAAAUAAAAUGCGAAACACGUAGUAUUUAACCAGACGAAUCUUCAAAUUUUUUUCCCCCACUAUCCAUCGUAUUUUGGUAAAAUAUUUUCAACGAUCGACUAGAUUCAACUCACUCAUAAACCAAUUAAGGGCCAAACUAAAGAUCUAUCAUCCAUCUAAGUACAUCUCAAUUCCAAAAAUUUCAAGUCACCACUCACUCACCCACCUUCCAUUCUCUUCUCAUCUUCACAACUUCAUCACUUCCAUCAAUAUACCAAUUUCACCCGAUUCUCCAAGUGUAAUCCCAAAACCAAUCCCAUCUUCAUGACCACAUACCCUAAACAACCACGCAUCCCGUUUCACCAGAAAUCCCACGAAAUCGAAAACCCCUACACCCUUCUCCCAACUAUAAAACAAACAAACAAACCCACCCAAAUUUACAAACACACAACCCAAUUCCCCAGAAAAGAAAAGAAAAAAAAAAAGAUGGCCAAAACCGGCGUCGUUCUGGGGGCGGCUCUGCUGCUGCUGCUUCUGCUGGCAAUUACGGCGCUAGGCGCCGACGCCAGAACGUGCGGCGUCGACGUCCAAGGCGUGGCGGAGGAAUGCAAGGACUACGUGAAGAAAGGGUCGAAGCAGCGGGACCCGUCGCCGCAGUGCUGCACCGCCAUCGGCGGCGCCGACAUCGGCUGCGCUUGCAAGAAGCUGCUGACCCCCGACGUCCAGUCGCUGCUGGACAUGAACAACGUCGUCUACGUCGGCCGGAAGUGCGGCCUCUCCAUCCCCAAAGGAACCAAGUGCGGCGAUUUCAUCGUCAAUAAUUGAAGGGCUUCGUCCUUAGAAAGGUGGUGGACGGGGUGAAGGGAUCCGUGAUCAAAGAUAUUCUACACACUACAUAUGCAGACGACGACGUCGUGUCAUGGAUUAUUGUUAUUUAUAUGUAAUAUAGGUCGGUGAAUAUUGUACGUAAAUAAUUACAUGCACGUUGAAGAUCACAUGCAUGGAGUAAUUAGAGUGUGGUGUGACGCACUGUGUGGAGUUAAAUUAAAGAGUUAUUUAAUCGUAAAUAAAAGUUGACAAGGUGAUAGUCUUAAAACUUUUUAUUUGGAAACUUCAUCUAUGUUAAUGAAAAGUUAUCAGUCCAUCAAAUUAUCAAACCAAUAAAAGGAGUUUAUACAA